AUGGUAGGUCGCCCCACACUACGCGCGCCCCAACCCCAGGCGCCCCAACCCCCAGGCGCCCCAACCCCCAGGCGCCCCAACCCCCAGGCGCCCCAACCCCCAGGCGCCCCAACCCCCAGGCGCCCCAACCCCCAGGCGCCCCAGCCCCCAGGCGCCCCAACCCCCAGGCGCCCUAACCCCCAGGCGCCCCAACCCCCAGGCGCCCUAACCCCCAGGCGCCCCAACCCCCAGGCGCCCCAACCCCCAGACGCCCCAACCCCCAGGCGCCCCAACCCCCAGGCGCCCCAGCCCCCAGGCGCCCCAACCCCCAGGCGCCCCAACCCCAGGCGCCCCAACCCCCAGGCAUCCCAACCCCCAGGCGCCCCAACCCCCAGGCGCCCCAACCCCCAGACGCCCCAACCCCCAGGCGCCCCAACCCCCAGGCGCCCCAACCCCCAGGCGCCCCAACCCCCAGACGCCCCAACCCCCAGGCGCCCCAACCCCCAGGCGCCCCAACCCCCAGGCGCCCCAACCCCCAGACGCCCCAACCCCCAGGCGCCCCAACCCCCAGGCGCCCCAACCCCCAGGCGCCCCAACCCCCAGGCGCCCCAACCCCCAGGCGCCCCAACCCCCAGGCGCCCCAACCCCCAGACGCCCCAACCCCCAGGCGCCCCAACACCCAGGCUCCCCUGA